AUAGGAUAAUAUGCUGUUCGCAGCAGUGUACAUCAGCAGCGUCUUUCCGACUUUCCCGUCGGUUUUUUAGUAGUGCGGAAAACGAAUAAAAAUCCACUGGGAAAACGAUAGUACGUCACACAUCGACAUCGACGGUACCGCGAUGGUGGAACCGGAAGUCGAAGACGUUGCCUUUUUGACAGCCAUUAACCAUUACAGAGAUAAUCAGGACAUGAUGCACAAGUCUGGRAUAUACGAGCACACGGCCGUCACGGCGUGUUCUCGGAGAACAGCGUUGAUCAUGGCCGGCACUACUCUGUUCCUCAUGUUUCUGUGUUCGGUGCUCAUCGCUUACGCCGGACCUCAAAACGAUUGUCCGUGUAUUGGUGAAAAACCAGUGUUUUUACCCGACGAUGACGGAGUCAAUAGAUCUCGAUCAGUUAUACCGAUCGCUACCAACGGCGACAUAUUUCCAUGGAACAACGUGCGUUUGCCAACAUUUGCUAGACCCUAUAGUUACCACAUUAGAAUACAUCCAAAUCUAACCAGCUUAGACGUAAAAGGUCAAGUAUUAAUUAACUUUAGACUCSUUCGGGAUUCUGACUACAUAGUCUUUCAUAGUAAAAAUCUUACUAUAGUUGAAAAACGUGUAGUGGAUGCUGACAAUCACGAAAAGAUUUACGAAGUGUCCAGAAUGUUGGAAUACUCUGCUGGCCAGCAAAUACUAUUGGAGUUCGAAGAAACGUUGUCCGCCGACCACAAUUACACCCUGAUUAUAAAAUACACGACUCGGUUGAGCAGAGAGUUGGAAGGUUUUUACAUAAGUAGUUACACAACGAGCAAAGGCGAAAGAAGAUAUUUGGCAACGACUCAUUUCGAACCAACGUACGCUCGUUCAGCGUUUCCUUGCUUCGACGAGCCCCAGUUCAAAGCUAAGUUUCGUAUGUCGAUCUUGAGGAACAGAUUCCACAUAGCGCUGUUCAACAUGCCGAUCAAAGAGUCCAUGGACGAUGGACUAUACAUGGGAGUUGGACUGAUGCGCGACGACUUCGAAGAAUCUGUAGAAAUGAGUACUUACCUUGUGGCAUUUGUCGUUUGUGAUUAUCAAUACGUACAUGCGCAAACUUUACAAGGAGUUGCUGUGAGAGUGUACGCUCCGCCUGAAUUGUUAUCCCAGACUUCGUUCGCCCUGAGCACUGCCACUAAAGUCAUGGAUCAUUAUUCGGAUUUCUUCGGAGUUCCGUAUCCACUACCGAAACAAGACCUUAUUGCCAUACCGGAUUUCGGUGCCGGAGCAAUGGAAAAUUGGGGCUUGAUUACGUACAGGGAGACUUCUAUACUUUACGACGAAAAAGAAACUUCAGCGGUCGCCCAUCAGUGGGUGGCCGUGGUGGUGGCUCACGAAUUAGCACACCAAUGGUUCGGCAACUUGGUGACGAUGUGUUGGUGGAACGAUUUGUGGUUGAACGAAGGUUUCGCCAGUUUCUUGGAAUACCGUGGAGUUGACCACGUGAUGCCUGGCUGGUCGAUGAUGGAUCAAUUCGUGUUAGAUAAGACCCAGCAAGGAUUGAAACUUGACGCGUUGUCCACCUCACAUCCGAUCAGUGUUAGUGUACACGACCCAGUUGAAAUCGAGGCCAUAUUCGAUUCCAUAUCGUACAGCAAAGGAGCUGCGAUCUUAUACAUGUUAGAAAAAUUUCUCGGACUGAAAACCUUAAGGAGCGGACUGAACGAUUACUUGAAUACACACAAGUACGGGAAUGCAGACACUACAGACCUGUGGAGUGUGCUUAGCCUACACGCAAAAAAUACCGUACAAGUCAGAUCCAUAAUGGAUACUUGGACCUGUCAGAUGGGUUUCCCGGUGAUCAAGAUAAGCAGAGAAAAUAGUUCGUCUUCAAACAACGCUGUUUCGUUCACGGCAAUGCAAAGUCGAUUCCUUUUAACCUCAGAAAUCUCCAGUAAGGUAAAGAAUCGAGCCGCACCGUCUCAGUACGAUUACAAGUGGUACGUACCGCUUAGCUUUUACACAGACAUUACAAGUUAUCGUGAACAAGAAGUUGUCUGGAUGAACAUGACCGAUGAAGUUGGUCACUUUCAAACUAAUGGCUGUACGGAAGUGUUGAUAGAAUUAAUGCGAUCUCAGAUUUUGUCCGCGGCUAUUUUAUGUGGAAUAGAAGAUGUGGUAAAAGAAGCAAAAAAUAGAUUUGAAGAAUGGAUGUAUGAAAACAAACGUAUACCACCAAACUUAAGGGAAGUAAUUUACUUGGCAGGUAUUAAGUAUGGAGACGUCAAAGAGUGGAAUUUUUGUUGGGAUAAAUACAAUCAAAGUCGUGUGCCAAGCGAACGUCAAUUACUCCUCACAGUACUUGGUGCUUCUAAUGAUCCUUGGUUACUUCAAAAGCUUUUGUCAACUACUCUGGAUAACACAAAAGUUAAAACACAGGAUGUUAAAAUGGUUUUUGGUGUGGUGGCUUCACAAGGACCACAAGGUCAGCUGCUGGCAUGGCGUCAUCUAAAAGCCAAUUGGGAUAACCUUCAAACACUUUUUGGAAAUGGAACAUUCACAUUGGGAGGUCUAAUUACAGCGGUUACAUCUCAUUUUUCAACUGAAUAUGAUUAUAAAGAAGUAUCUGAUUUCUUCCGUUACAUAGAUGUUGGUUCAGGAACCAGAGCUUUAGAACAAAGUUUGGAAAUGAUACAACUCAAUGUACAUUGGGUUAAGAAUAAUGAGGCCCAAAUAUAUGAUUGGCUAGUGAAAAACUUAAAAACAAAGAAUAGUAAAAACUGAAAAAAAUUAAUACAGUAUAACAUAGUGACUGUGUAUUUUUGAAGUAUUAAGCCAAGCAAAUAUGUAAGACUGAUAUGAGAAAAAUAAGUUUAAAAAAUAAAUUUGAAAAAUUAUUUCAAAUUUAUUUUUUUAAUUUAAAGGAAUAGAAUAUUUUGAGCAUGAAAAUAAAAUAUUAAAAUGAUACUUAAUUUAAUAAAUAAAUUGAAAUUUGAAAUUUGCUUCCCAAACCAAUAGUUGUAAAACUGAAUUAACCUUUUUAACUUUCUAGCAAUAUGUACACACAUAAUAUUAUGCUUUUCAACUUUUAUUGUUUGAUUUAUAAACAUAAUUUUUUUUUAUCCUCUGUAAAAUUAAAAAUUUAUUCUGAGAACUAAAUUUCAGGGUUUUUGAAACUGAAAAUCUAAUAAAAUUUUUAAAAAUCAGUUUGUGUUCACAGGGUUAAUACGUAGGAAUAGUAUACAUUUUUACGUAUUUAACCAUAAAUUAGUAUUUUUAUUU